UCUUCGCUUUCUUCCACUCUUGCUCGAUGUUUUCAGAUAAUGCUCGAGAUUUCUUCGACAUGCUCCUUCUCGCCCAGAAAGAGGCUACCAAUGCGGAAAACGGAGACCCGGAGAAACUGACCGACACCCAUCUUGUCCUGACGGUCAGCAACAUGUUUGCUGCUGGGAUCCAAACCACCACAGAAACGCUCUACUGGGCUUUAGCUUUCAUGGUCGAACACCAGGACGUCCAGUCCAGAGUACAAGUCGAAAUCGACAACGCCAUCGGACGCACACGUCUACCGGUCGUCGACGACCGGGGAAGCCUCCCGUACACAGUGGCAACGCUGUAUGAGGUGAUGCGGUAUAGCUCCAUAUUGCCGAUAGCGGUACCGCACGCCACAACAUGUGAUGUUAAUUUUCGUGGAUACCGAGUCCCCAAGGGAGCCGUUGUGAUGUUAAACACUUAUUCAAUGCACUUUGAUCCCAAAGCUUGGGAGAGUCCAACUGAGUUUAAACCUGAACACUUCAUUGAGGACGAUGGCGCUCUCCGGAAGCACACACCGAGUUUUCUCCCGUUCGGAGCCGGACGCCGGAGCUGCCUUGGGGAAGUCGCUGCCAAGACAGAUCUCAUAGUCAUCUUCACCUGGCUGCUGCAGAACUACAGCUUUAAGAAGGUUCCCGAUCAAGGCUCUAAAAGCUUGCUGCGGAUCAUUGAGAACAGUGCUGUCGGGAGGAACCUGGAGAACUACGAGCUCAUCAUGGAAAGGAGAAGCUGAAACUGUCAACUUAACUACCAUCC